AUGAGGGAAAUUCUUCACGUUCAAGGAGGACAAUGCGGUAACCAGAUCGGUUCGAAGUUCUGGGAGGUUGUUUGCGACGAGCACGGCAUAGAUCCGACUGGAAGAUAUGUCGGAAACUCAGAUCUGCAACUCGAGCGCGUGAAUGUCUACUACAACGAAGCAUCGUGUGGAAGGUUUGUUCCACGCGCCAUCCUCAUGGACUUGGAGCCUGGUACUAUGGACAGUGUUCGUACUGGUCCCUACGGCCAGAUCUUCCGUCCUGAUAACUUUGUUUUCGGUCAGUCCGGCGCCGGUAACAAUUGGGCGAAAGGACACUAUACUGAAGGCGCUGAGCUUAUUGACUCGGUUCUCGAUGUUGUUAGAAAGGAAGCUGAGAAUUGUGACUGUCUUCAAGGGUUUCAGGUGUGUCAUUCGUUAGGUGGAGGAACGGGAUCUGGUAUGGGAACACUGUUGAUAUCGAAGAUAAGAGAGGAGUAUCCUGAUAGGAUGAUGCUCACGUUCUCUGUGUUUCCUUCGCCUAAGGUUUCUGAUACUGUGGUUGAGCCUUACAAUGCUACUCUCUCAGUUCAUCAGUUGGUGGAGAAUGCGGAUGAGUGUAUGGUUCUUGAUAAUGAAGCUCUUUAUGAUAUCUGCUUCAGGACUCUCAAAUUGACCACUCCAAGCUUUGGUGAUUUGAACCACUUGAUCUCAGCAACUAUGAGUGGAGUAACUUGCUGUCUUCGUUUCCCUGGUCAACUCAACUCUGAUCUCCGGAAACUAGCUGUGAAUCUCAUCCCAUUCCCUCGUUUGCAUUUCUUCAUGGUUGGUUUUGCACCUCUCACCUCUCGUGGCUCUCAACAGUACCGUGCAUUGACUGUUCCAGAGCUCACCCAGCAAAUGUGGGAUUCCAAAAACAUGAUGUGUGCUGCUGAUCCCAGGCAUGGCCGCUACCUCACUGCAUCUGCCAUGUUCAGGGGUAAAAUGAGCACAAAAGAGGUUGAUGAACAAAUGAUAAAUGUCCAGAACAAAAACUCGUCCUACUUUGUUGAGUGGAUCCCCAACAAUGUUAAGUCAAGUGUCUGUGACAUUGCUCCUAGAGGUCUCUCCAUGGCUUCUACCUUUAUUGGUAAUUCAACCUCCAUCCAGGAAAUGUUCAGAAGGGUGAGCGAACAAUUUACUGCUAUGUUUAGGAGGAAGGCUUUCUUGCAUUGGUACACUGGUGAAGGCAUGGAUGAAAUGGAGUUCACUGAAGCAGAAAGCAACAUGAACGACCUUGUGUCUGAAUACCAGCAAUACCAGGAUGCCACUGCUGAUGAAGAAGGAGAUUUUGAUGAUGAGGAGGAAGAAGAGCCUGAUAAUGCAUAUGAAUAA